AUGGUGAAACGCUUAUACGUGUGGGGAUCAGGAGGAAGUGGGCAACUCGGAUUGCAUAAUAAUGACGAUUACGCACUUCCACAACGUUGGGAAAAUAAUCAGAUACAACUUGAGUCCAUCAUAUCUGGAGGAUGUCAUAGUGCAGGUACGUUGGUAAAGCAAGAAAUUUGUAAAUCGUUGAAUGCAAGCUUGGUAUUUGAAGGAAUUGAUUCCAAUGGUCAUCUCUUUCUUUGGGGGUCGAACGAUCGUGGUCAGCUUGGCCAAACAUUGUCAAAACAAAAGUUUUCAAACUUUCUUCAGAAUUCUGUAGCAUGGAUUCCACGUGAAAACAAAACAAAGUUCGUAGCUUGUGGAUGGCGGAGUACAUUAGCCGUCGCUUCAUCGAAUAACGAAGAAGACCAAGUUUACUCAUGGGGUUCAAAUGAGUAUCAUCAAUUAGGUCGUGUUCAAAAUGCCACUGAAAUAUCUGCACAAAUAUGUUGCUUGCCUUUACAUUUUCAAGUUACAAGUAUUGCAUGUGGUUGGAAGCAUUCGCUAUUAGCCACAAGUGAUGGUGUUGUGUUCGCUUGGGGAAGCGGGCGACAUGGCCAAUUGGGACUUGGGACCGAUAUUGAUGAGACUGAGACUCCCAAGCACAUUCAGGCAUUGACGGAUAUUGCUAUUACCCACGUUUUCUGUGGAUGGGAACACUCGGUAUUUAGCUCUUCUAGUGGUGAGAUAUUCACCUGUGGUAACAACCGACAUGGACAAUUGGGUGUGACAAAAAAAAUUGACUCGAGAGUAUCGAAAGGCUUAAGGAAGCAGAUAAUUAGCUCACCCGUUCGAGUGGCAGACCCUCAAGACAAAAGCCGUAAUCUUCGUGCUGUCCACGUUGGCUGCGGCUGGCAUUUUGUAAUGUGCGUAGCAGAGACCGGAGAACUUGUGACUUGGGGCAAAGGAAGCCACGGACAAUUGGGUUUGGGUACGUUGGAAAACGUGUGCGAGCCCAAAGUCGUGCCUUUUUCUCAUCCAAUUCGUCAAAUAACAUGCGGAAGCGAACAUUCAAUGGUCGUAACAACUUGUGGCGAUAUGUACACGUGUGGUUGGGGGGAACAUGGCAAUUUAGGACAUGGAGACACAAUCAAUCGUGCUUUAUUCAAAAGAGUUGAGUUUUUCUCAUCCAUAAACCAAGAAGUUAUCAGUAUCGCUGCCGGUGGAGCUGUUUCCAUAGCUGUCACAAGAACAAGACGACGAUAA